AUGAUGGAACUACAGAGUUUUGUUGGUGAAGUGAAGAACCAAUUGGAAGUUCUCAGCAACAGUAGGCUCUCUCCAGACACCAAUGAAAAUGAAGCCAAGGCGAUUGAAGAGCCACUCCUAAGUAAGAGUUCUCGGAGGUUUGUCAUCUUUCCUAUUCAGUAUCCCACUAUUUGGAAAAUGUAUAAACAGGCCCAGGCCUCCUUCUGGACUGCAGAAGAGGUCGACUUAUCAAAGGAUCUCCCUCACUGGAAUAAGCUUAAAUUAGAAGAGAAGCGUUUCAUUUCUCACAUCUUAGCCUUUUUUGCAGCUAGUGAUGGAAUUGUGAAUGAAAACUUGGUGGAGCGCUUUAGCCAGGAAGUACAGGUUCCAGAAGCUCGCUGUUUCUAUGGCUUUCAGAUUCUUAUCGAGAAUGUUCACUCGGAGAUGUAUAGUUUGCUAAUAGACACUUACAUCAGAGAUCCUAAGGAAAGGGAACUUCUAUUUAAUGCAAUUGAAACAAUGCCUUGUGUUAAGAAAAAAGCAGACUGGGCCUUGCAGUGGAUAGCAGAUAGGAAAUCUACUUUCGGGGAAAGGGUAGUAGCCUUUGCUGCUGUAGAAGGAGUUUUCUUCUCGGGAUCCUUUGCUGCGAUAUUUUGGCUAAAGAAAAGAGGUUUAAUGCCUGGACUGACUUUUUCCAAUGAACUCAUCAGCAGAGAUGAAGGGCUUCAUUGUAACUUCGCUUGCCUGAUAUUUCAAUACUUAGUAAACAAACCUUCAGAAGAAAGGGUGAGAGAGAUCAUUUCUAAUGCUGUUAGAAUUGAACAGGAGUUUUUAACAGAAGCUUUGCCUGUUGACCUCAUUGGAAUGAACUGUUUUUUGAUGAAACAGUAUAUUGAGUUUGUAGCAGACAGGUUACUUGUGGAACUUGGAUUCUCAAAGGUCUUUGAGGCCGAAAACCCCUUUGACUUUAUGGAAAACAUUUCAUUGGAAGGAAAAACAAAUUUCUUUGAGAAGCGAGUUUCAGAAUAUCAACGUCUCGCUGUUAUGACAGAAACCACUGAUAAUGUCUUCACCUUGGAUGCAGAUUUUUAAAACCCUCUCUUUUUAAAAAAAUUUUUUUUUAUUUUUGAGCCACACAUGGUAACACUCAGGGGUUACUCUUGGCUCUGCACUUCAGAAAUCGCUUCUGGCAGGCUUGGGGCACCAUAUGGGAUGCCAGGAAUUGAACUC